CUAAAUCCGAGGGAGGCAAGAUUUUGACAGCACAACCCGGAAGUAGGCUGAGAGAACAGGAAGAACAAAGAAAGGAAAGUACCCCUCACUCAAAGCCCCAAUUGAACGUACUCAGUGUGUCCACAACGCCCAAUUCGUUCGCCUCCGUUUGUUGACGGGCAGCAACAACCACUUUGUCCUGUUUUGCCGCGCAUGUGAGGGCCAGUGUCGGCAGGUUGCAACAUGGCCAACAACGAGCAAGAUGUGGAAAACAACGCGAACCAACAGGAGGCCAACGGUGGCACCGAGCAGCACCAAGGAGACGGGACCACCGGAGUUCGGUCCAGAGGGGGGUCAGGUGGUCUGGAGCAGAACGGCCAGGCCCCCUCCGCCAGACCCGCCCCCCACGUUGCCGAGGCCGACGAGGAGGACGAUGAGGAGCUGACGCUGAAGUACGGCGCCAAGCACGUCAUCAUGCUCUUCGUCCCCGUGACGCUGUGCAUGGUCGUCGUCGUGGCGACCAUCAAGUCGGUCAGCUUCUACACGCAGAAUGACGGACAGAGGCUGAUCUACACGCCGUUUCCGGAGGAUACGGACACGGUGGGCCAGCGGGCGCUGAACUCCAUCCUCAAUGCCACCAUCAUGAUCACCGUCAUCAUCGUCAUGACGCUGGUGCUGGUGCUGCUCUACAAGUACCGCUGCUAUAGGGUGAUCCAAGGUUGGCUCUUCAUCUCCUCUCUGCUCCUGCUCUUCUUCUUCUCUUACAUCUACCUCAAGGAGGUGUUCAAGACCUACAACGUGGCCAUGGACUACCUGACGCUGGCGGUCAUUGUGUGGAACUUCGGUGUGGUGGGCAUGAUUUGCAUCCACUGGAAGGGGCCACUGCGUCUCCAGCAGGCCUACCUCAUCAUGAUCAGCGCGCUAAUGGCGCUGGUCUUCAUCAAGUACCUACCCGAGUGGACCGCCUGGCUCAUACUCGCCGUCAUAUCCGUCUACGAUCUGUUGGCAGUGCUGUGUCCCAAAGGCCCCCUGAGGAUCUUGGUGGAGACGGCUCAGGAGAGGAACGAGCCCAUUUUUCCUGCCCUCAUCUACUCAUCGACCAUGGUGUGGCUCGUCAACAUGGCCGACACGGACCCGGGGCCCAAGAGGAGCCCAGCUGAAGCGACGUCGUCUCAGCCCGUGCCUCAAGAAGCGGUGGGGUCGCCGUCCGGUCUGUCGGGGGACGACGGCGGCUUCACGCCGUCCUGGGUGAGCCAACAGGAACACCAGCUGGGGCCCAUACAGUCCACCGAGGACACUCGGCAAGAGAUCCAGCAGAUGCCCUCGGACCGUCCGCCCGUUGAGGAUGACGAUGAGGAGCGCGGUGUGAAGCUUGGCCUGGGAGACUUCAUCUUCUACAGCAUGCUGGUGGGAAAAGCCUCAGCCGCCGCCAGCGGCGACUGGAACACUACUCUGGCCUGCUUCGUGGCCAUCCUCAUUGGCUUGUGUCUGACGCUGCUGCUGCUGGCCAUCUUCAAGAAGGCGCUGCCCGCGCUGCCCAUCUCCAUCUUCUUUGGCCUGGUCUUCUACUUUGCCACCGACAACCUGGUGCGCCCCUUCAUGGACCAGCUGGCGCUGUACCAGUUCUACAUUUAGUAGGAGUAGCUUCCUUUUCCUGAUGGGAAAAACUCCCUCGCGACAGGAUGGUAUGACUCGUUUUCUCCAGCUGAGAGGGAAAGAGAAGGGCGUUCCUCGUUUUUUUUUGUUUUUUUUUUAAAAAAGACUUUUUUUUUGUUUUGUUUUUUAAAUCCAACUCCUGUCUCAGGCACAGCAACGCAAAACUCUUAUUGACUCUCAGCGAGAGUGAUUUUCCACCUUUUUAAUUUAUGCCGGGACGGAGCCUUCCCGGUUCUUCGACUACCGGGGCAGCAGGUGCCUUGCUCAGGGACACCAGGAAGUCGGUUUCAACGACGCGACCGCCAAGCUGUCCACUUCGCUCCUGCCGAAGAACACCACGAUCUUCAAUAGAAGCGUUCAAAUCCCGCGGCCCCUUUCUCGUUGCCUUUAAAAGCUGGCAUUUUGACACUUCUUCCCCUAUCUCGUCUGUCUGGGAAGUCAGCACAGAGGACGGGGGUACAAAGUCGCCCUGGGAAUUUUCCAGCUUAGCAGUUGGUAGUAUUAGCGCUGUUAGAGAGAGGGUAUCGUACUGCAAAGUUUGUCGCUGUUUGGACGCAUUUUCUGCCGUUUUUCUGUGUUGCUGUUCUAUAUAAAGUGACAUGGAAUGGGUAUUGGGGGGUACCAAAAACAAAACAAAAAAAGUGUGCUCUGUGUAGAAAUGAAAGGCAAAUAAAUUCCGUAUCUUGUGUUCCGGCUCCAAUGCGGCAAUUUUGCGGGCUUUUGACGUGAAAAGCGUGACUGGCCGCAGCGAGACGGAAUUUAUUCCAGAUCUUCUCUUCCAACUCCAAUGCAGCAGUUUUUCCCGGAUCUCUGCGUGAAAGCUAACGCAGUCAGGUGCUGAUGGCCUGAGCUGCACCGAGUUCAGUGUCCUCCUCAGGAUGCCCUUACGCACUACAUCACACUUCCAGACCAAGAGACAUGAAAGAUUUGAACAGCUUAUAUGAAUAUGAAUAAUAAUAACUAGUGAUGAGUACAACACCAUGUCAUCUCCUUUCUUCUCAUACACUUUUUUUUUUAAAAUGUUUUUUUGACAAACUGUUUGGGCUGACAUGCCCUUUAACAUUUGUCUUUUUUGCAAGUUCAACUGUGUCCAAUUGUUUUUUAAAUAAACAAAGAAAAUGAA